AUGCCACCCAAACGAGUAUUCAAACCAAUCAGACCCAACAACAACAACAACAACAACAACAACAACAGCACCAGCAACACUGCAGCACCAGCACCAGAAAACCAUCAUCAAAAUGACCAACCACCACCACCGAUCCUAUUAGAAGAACUAGAGAGCCUACUCAAUCAAUCUACUACCAACUCAUCAGAACAACACCUUGAUACCAAGCCAGACAUCUCCCAAAUCGAUCACCAAAAUAUCAGCCAACCCAAACCUGCACCACUCUUCAGACCUUUAUCACCCGAACCAGCCCCACUACCUCAGAAGAAGAAUAUACAACCACCCAAUAUUCAUCAGCAGCAGCAGCAUCAGCAGCAUCCAAAGAAAUCAUCAAAGAACUAUCCUAAGAAAACUCACCAAAACCAAUCCAACGUCGAUAACGAGCUAUGGCUAUCUAAAAAUCUCACCGAUCCAGUCAAAACAGUCGAGGACAAAUGGCAACUCCUACCAGCAUUUUUUAAAGGAAAAAGAUUGGGCAAACAACACCUCGACCUCUUCAACUAUUUCGGCGAUGUCGACCUCCAAAGCAUUCUCAGGGCCAACGCCACCGUAAUCUCAGACGUUGAUCCAAACUUCCAUCUAUCCUAUCUAGACAUUAACGUUGGUGAACCAUCAAGAUUAGAUACCGGAUCAGCCACCAACAAACGGAUCACCCCACACGAAUGUCGAUUACGUGACAUCACCUACUCUGCCCCGAUCUCAGUCACGAUUCAAUACACCAAGGGUAACAAACGAGUCCUAUCCAAAGGUAUCCCGAUCGGAAGGAUCCCGAUCAUGUUACGUAGUAAUAAAUGCGUACUCACCGGGAAAUCUGACGCCGAACUCGCCAAGAUGACCGAAUGCCCAUUAGACCCAGGUGGCUACUUCGUCGUCAAAGGCACCGAGAAAGUCAUCCUGGUACAAGAACAAUUGAGUAAGAACAGAAUCCUCAUCGAAACUGACUCUCGAAAAGGCACGAUCAUGGCUAGCGUCACAAGUUCAACUCACGAGAGGAAAUCGAAGACGUAUGUAGUCACCAAAAACUCAAAAGUUUACUUGAAGCACAACUCAAUUCAGGAAGAAAUUCCGAUCGCAAUAGCCCUCAAGGCAUACGGGAUCACCUCAGACCGAGAGGUAGUCCAAAUAGUCUGCGGGAACAAUGAUGAUUACCGAGCCGCGUUCUCCAUCUGCAUGGAACAUUGUCACGAGGCCGGAGUCUUCACCCAGAAGCAAGCACUAGCAUAUAUCGGCAAGAGCGUCAAGAUGGUUAAGAAGGGCCCCGUGGCCGGCCCCAAGAGACCACUCACCGAAGAGGCCCUCGAGGUCCUCUCAACCGUCGUCCUGGCUCACGUCCCUGCUGAUAACCUCAACUUGCAACCCAAGGCUAUCUACUUGGCCGUCAUGGCAAGACGAGUCGUCCAAGCUAUGGCUAAUCCGAAGUUGGUUGAUGAUCGAGAUUAUGUGGGUAACAAACGUCUAGAAUUGGCUGGUCAAUUAUUAUCGUUAUUAUUUGAAGAUUUGUUCAAGAAAUUCAAUACGGAUCUCAAAUUGAACAUCGAUAAAGUAUUAAAGAAACCGAAUCGGACAACGGAAUUUGAUGCAAUCAAUCAAUUCAGGAUGCAUGCAGACCACAUAUCGAAUGGAUUUAUCAGAGCGAUUUCGACCGGAAAUUGGUCGAUCAAACGGUUCAAGAUGGAGCGAGCAGGAAUCACGCAUGUAUUGAGUCGAUUGAGUUACAUCUCUGCCCUAGGAAUGAUGACCAGAAUCUCGAGUCAGUUUGAGAAAACGCGCAAGGUUAGUGGUCCUCGAGCCCUUCAACCAAGUCAAUGGGGGAUGUUAUGUCCCAGUGACACACCCGAAGGAGAGGCUUGUGGGCUUGUCAAGAACCUGGCACUCAUGACUCAUAUUACCACCGACACAGAUGAGGAACCAAUCUGGAAUGUCGCCUAUACGAUUGGCUGCGAAGAUAUCAGUAGCGUCACCGGCACUGAACUCUACCUGCCCCGUCAUUAUAUCGUCUUCAUUAAUGGUAACAUCUUGGGUCUCACCAGAUCUCCCGAACGAUUCGUCGAAGUUUUUAGGCAGUUCAGACGGGCUGGUAAGAUCUCCGAGUUCGUCAGUAUCUACAUGAACGCCGAUCAACAAACCGUGAAUAUCGCGACCGAUGGGGGAAGGAUCUGUCGGCCGAUGAUCAUCGUCACCAAUGGAGACUCGAUGGUCAAGACUCAUCACAUCGAGAAACUCAAGGCUGGGGAGCUGAGCUUUGACGAUUUUCUGUCCCAAGGAUUGAUCGAAUAUCUGGACUGUAACGAGGAGAACGACUCGUUUAUUGCGCUCUAUGAAGAGGAUAUCGACAGUUAUACCACCCAUCUCGAAAUCGAACCUUUCACCUUACUUGGUGCCGUUGCAGGCUUGAUUCCAUAUCCUCAUCACAACCAGUCGCCACGUAACACCUACCAAUGUGCUAUGGGUAAACAAGCGAUUGGAGUGAUUGCAUACAACCAGUUACACCGGAUCGACACCUUACUCUAUCUGAUGGUCUAUCCACAUCAUCCGAUGGUCAGGACCAAGACGAUCGAGUUGGUCGGAUAUGACAAGUUACCGGCCGGACAGAAUGCGACGGUGGCGGUGAUGUCUUAUUCGGGAUACGAUAUCGAAGAUGCGCUGAUCCUGAACAAGGCAUCCUUAGAUCGAGGCUUUGGGAGAUGCCAGGUGUUCCGGAAGGCCACGGCGAUGAUCAAGCGGUACCCGAACGGGACGUACGAUCGGAUCGCCGACCCUCCUCGGGAUCCGGAGGGACAAGUACUCGAGAAGUGGAAGCCCUGCGACGACGGCGGGGUGGCCGACGUGGGCAUGAAGGUCUACAACGGAAACGUAUAUAUCAACAAACAGUCGCCCUCCAACGCGAACGAUAACUCUGUUGGGGCCGGGGCGGCAACGGUGACCUCGUGGGCCAAUACGCCGAUGACCUACCGAGGCACGGUGCCGAGCUACAUCGACAAGGUCAUGGUUACCGACACCGAGAGUGACCAGACGUUGGUCAAAGUCUUACUGAGACAGACUCGCCGGCCCGAGCUUGGGGACAAGUUCUCUUCACGUCACGGGCAGAAAGGAGUUUGUGGGUUGAUCGUCCAACAAGAAGACAUGCCCUUCAACGAUCGCGGCACUUGUCCGGACAUCAUCAUGAACCCCCACGGUUUCCCCUCCCGAAUGACGGUGGGCAAGAUGCUCGAACUCUUGAGUGGAAAGGCAGGCGUGCUCCGUGGGACGGUCGAGUAUGGUACCGCCUUCGGCGGCAGUAAGGCCGUCGAAAUGUCCAAGAUCUUGAUCGAACAUGGAUAUAGUUAUCUCGGUAAAGAUUAUCUGACGUCCGGUAUCACUGGUCAACCCCUAGAACAUUAUGUCUUCAUGGGUCCUAUUUAUUAUCAAAAGUUGAAGCACAUGGUAUUAGACAAAAUGCAUGCAAGAGCCCGAGGACCUAGGGCGGUCUUAACACGCCAACCGACGGAAGGAAGAUCGCGGGAUGGAGGAUUGAGGUUAGGAGAGAUGGAGCGGGAUUGUUUGAUUGCGCAUGGGGCCUCUCAAUUAUUGCUGGAACGCUUGAUGUUGAGUUCGGAUUCAUUCGAGUUGGACGUGUGUCAAGAUUGCGGAUUUAUGGGCUAUAAUGGGUGGUGCGUUCGUUGUAAAAACGGGAAUUCGGUCACUAAAAUCACUAUCCCUUAUGCCUGUAAAUUGUUGUUUCAAGAGUUAAUGGCCAUGAAUAUCGCUCCUAGAUUAGUCCUAGAAGAUGCGAUCAAUUAAAACGAAUAUUCAAAUUUGAAUUUAAAUUUAAAAAAAACUCAUUUUUCGGGGGUUUUUUUUGGUGUCUAUAUUGUUAUGUUUCAGAUAAAAUAUAUAUAUGUAAAUAUAUUUAGAGAUAUCAAUAGAUAGAAUAUGAGUAUUCAACGAAGAAAAAAAAAACCCUGAUAAUUAUCUUAAGAAAACCGA